AUGGCGACUCCCACGUUGGUGACGGCCAGCGGCCGGCCGACAGUUUACUAUCCACUCUCGACCCCAUGGCCACAGGCCAUCGGGUGCUCUGCGCAAUUCUAUCGCCAGUUGGAUGCGGGCACCGUGUUAGCCUGGGAUCCGUAUUUUGGAAAGGAUAUCGACGACAGCGCAGCGUCAUGUUUUCCACCAGAAGUGACAUCGUGGUGGUUUCAAACCUUGAGCCAGACAACGAGUAUCGCCUUGGGGCCAACAUUUGUAUGCCCUGAAGCAUACACAGCCGCGCAGACACGUCUUGAAGAUGGAGGGUUGCAACAUGUGUAUUGCUGCCCUAAAGACUAUACAUUCCACGUUCCACAACCGACCCUACCCGUGUUCCCUUCACAAUGUUUAUCGGAAGUCACGGCAGGCGAGACAAUCUUUUAUCAAUCGUUAACGGCUUCUGGGGGUAAACAAACUCACUUUGCAACUGGCACCGUGGUAAAAACAGGGACAUUGACGGUCUGGGCUGUCCCCAUCAACGGCUACAAUUUUCCUACAAGCUCGACCAGUGUGAGCAAUCCCGGCAUCACGAUUCCACCGACUACACAGACCAUCACACAGAAUUUACCUGCCUCCACAAAUACAGAAGUACCUCGAGGCAAUGGCGAUGAAUCAUCCGGCGCACCCCUUACGUUGACGGUCGGCGUGUCGGUUGGUGUCGUUCUGGGAGUAUUGGUUUUACUAGGUGGGGUCUUUAUGCUCUGGAGGCGACGUAGGAGAGCAAGAAAGGCCGGGAGUCCCAGAGAACUCGAGGCUACGACUGUCUAUCAUGUUGAGCCGAUUAAUUUUGAGGGUCGGAAGUUUGAACUGCCAGCACAGCCAGUUGUGGAACGGAAAUAUGAACUGUAUGGUGACGACAUCCAAACACAACCAACAACAGUACACGAGAUGCCGGGAAGUCGAGAGAAAGGUUGA